AAAUGUUUUUUGAUAGAUUUAUACAAACUAUACAAAGAAAGAAUUAUACUGGGAACAUAGAGGAAGACUGGGAAUCAAGGAUUUUGCAUGUAAUUUUAGGAACAUUUGAAUCAAUAGAUAAGCAGAAAAAAUAUAUCACUGGAGCUAUUUUAAAUAAACAUAAUUUUUAGAAUAGGAAGAAAGAAGUUAAUUCUCUAGAAAUAAAAAAUGUCUUCGUUACAACCUAUACAAGCUUUGAAUUUAGAUUCAGUCAAACAACAAGCAUUCAUAAAAUACUUCACAUCAUUAUCAGAGAAACCACCUACAACAGUAAGAAUAUUCGAUCGGAAUGAUUACUACAGUGUUCAUGGCUCGGACGCAACAACUGCGGCGAGGGAGGUGUUUUCAUCGAUAUCCAAUAUCAAGAAAAUGGGUAUCGAACCCAAUCGCCUGGAUUAUCUCGUACUUUCGAAAGGGAACUUUGAAAUAUUGAUUCGAAAGCUCUUACUGGUACGUCGCUAUAGAGUGGAAAUAUAUGUAUCCGAGGGGUCUACAAAAGGCAAUGAAUGGUUUUUAAAGUAUAAAGGUUCACCAGGAUGUCUCUCACAGCUUGAAGAAGUACUCGGUGAAGGGCUUGGUUCGUCAAACGAUAAUGGACCCUGUUUAAUGGCUGUUAAUAUCAAAACUGAUGCAGUUACUAAGGGACGUCUUUUAGGAGUAGCAUGUAUAACAGCGAACGAAUAUCAGAUGUCUGUAUCGGAAUUUACAGAUGACGACUUGCUUACUCAAUUGGAAACUAUCACUGUACAAAUGGCGCCCUCUGAGUGCCUUGUGCCACAAACUGAUAAUGAUGACUACAAAGCGCUUAAAAAAGUUAUGGACCGGGCGAACGUAACAUUGACCAAAUUGAAAAAAUUAGAUUUCUCCACCGAAGGCGUUAUUCAGGAUUUGAAUAGACUUCUCAAGUUCAAAGAUAAUCAGCAACAAGACGCUAAUUCUUUUCCAGAAACUACAUUGAGUUCAGCUAUGUCAAGUCUCGCCGCGGCAAUUAGAUAUACUUCGCUGUUAACUGAUAGUACUAACUUUGGAAGAUUUCGAAUAAACUCCAUAAAAUCAGAGUGCUACCUGCACUUAGACGCAGCUGCACUAACCGCACUGAACGUACUUCCCGAACUAGGAGAUACUUCACACGCACCAGCGCGCAGUUUGUACGGGCUGCUCGAUAGAUGUCGUACGCAACAAGGAAAAAGACUCUUAGCACAAUGGUUGCGUCAACCGCUUCGCGAUAUAAAUCUAAUAAACGAACGAUUGGACAUAGUAGAGUUACUCGUGAAUAAUUCACAACUACGUCUACCAUUACAUGAUGACCAUUUACGAAGGAUCCCUGAUUUGCAAAGUUUAGCUCGAAGACUUACACGAAAGAAGGCUAACUUACAUGAUUGUUAUAAGAUAUAUCAGGCUAUCCAAAGACUGCCAGCCUUACUACAAUGUCUAGCUGAAUCAAACAGUCCGACAGUACAUUCGUCUCUAACGGAACCUAUAUCUGAACUCAAUGAUGACUUGGACAAGUUUCAACAGAUGAUUGAAACCACCGUUGAUAUGGAUGCUGUGGAUAGAGGUGAUUUUUUGGUAAAGCCAUCAUUCGACGAUCAACUCCAAACCCUUCAUAAAGAGUUGGAAAAAAUUCAGGCAUCUGCAGAUAGAGAGUUGAACAAAGCAGCUAAUGAUUUAGGACUUGAUGCAGGAAAGACGAUAAAGCUUGAAAAUAAUCCACAGAAUGGGUUUUAUUUCAGGGUAACAUUAAAAGAAGAGCAAGUACUGCGCGGUAACAAGAAGUACACAAUAAUAGAUGCCGUUAAAGGUGGUGUGAGAUUCAAGACCAGUAAAUUGGAAAAUAUCACAGAAGACUAUGUUCAGACUAAAACUAAUUAUGAGAAGGAACAGGAUAAAGUAGUGGCGGAAAUUAUUGGAAUUGCAGCCGGCUACUCCGAGUGUCUGUUCUGUCUGUCCCACAUAAUAUCGCGACUGGAUGUGCUAGUAUCGUUCGCUGUAGCAGCAACCACAGCGCCGUAUCCAUACACGCGGCCAGUGCUUACUGACAGUUUGAGCGAAUUAGUACUAAAAGAAGUAAGGCAUCCGUGCUUAGAAGUGCAAGAGGGUGUGUCGUAUAUACCGAAUGAUGUGGUGUUUAAACGAGACUCGUGUCUCAUGCACAUAGUGACAGGCGCGAAUAUGGGCGGCAAAUCCACGUGGAUGCGUUCAUGCGGUAUUGCCGUACUAUUGGCACAUACAGGAUGUUUGGUCCCAGCGGCUAUGGCCCAUGUCCCAUUGAUGAGGGCAUUGUGCGCUAGAGUCGGGGCCAAUGAUAGAGAGGAUAGAGGACAAAGCACUUUCAUGAUGGAGAUGAUCGAGUCUGCUGCUAUUUUGAGGACUGCUACUCCAGAUUCCUUGGUGCUCGUAGAUGAGCUCGGACGAGGAACAUCAACAUAUGAGGGCUGCGGCAUUGCCUGGGCUAUUGCAGAAAAAUUAGCAACGGAAAGCAAAUGUUUCUGCCUAUUCGCGACCCACUAUCACGAACUAACUCGACUGCCGAGCUUGCAUCCAAAUGUGAUAGUGAACUCGCACGCAGAAGCGUCAGUGGUGAACCAACAGUUGUUACUGUUGCAUAAAAUCGUCCCCGGACCCGCUACACAUUCGUUGGGAUUACAUGUUGCCAAGUUGGCUGAUUUACCGGAUUCUAUCAUUCAGUAUGCAGAGGCGAAACAAGCUGAACUGGAAACAAAUUUGUUUGAAAUUGAGUCGUCCGUUGAAACACGCGAAUCGAAUGAAGGCCAGAAGCUUAUAACUGAAUUUCUCAGAAAAUGUAAACAUAUACAAGAGACGGUGGCUUCCGACCAAGACAUGAUGAUGGAGAUUAAUAAACUUAAACAGGAUCUGUUAAAACAUAACAGUAAAUAUGUGAACUCCUUGCUGGCUGUGUAAAUGUGAUUGAAAUAAAGUUGUUUUUUACA